AAAAAGAUGUAUUUGGAAAACUGGCAAAUUAAAGAAGAUAGAGGUUUUUGGCGGGCACCAAGGUAGUUACAAAUCUCGGCGCUCUGUUUUUCUAAGACACAGGCUGCUGUUAGCUGCAGGUCACUGGAUGUUCUGGGUUCUGUAAAUCGAAAGAAAAGUUACAGAAAGUUAUAUGACUCAUGUCUUUUUUGUUCCUCUUCUCAGGAGUAGUUAAUUCUGCAGUUAAUUAUUAGGAUACAAAAAGGCAUGUUUUCCCUGGAGAACAGGAGAUAGCAAACAGCUACUUUUCCCUGGUGAACUAAGAGAGAUAGAGAAAAGCAACUUUCCUCCAGAGGAAGGGGGUGAUAAACUCACUGGAGAACAGUCUUUAAGUGGCUUCAGUUGGGGGUGUCUUCUACAGCAAAACCAGUGGGAAUAAACUCCAAGCAAGUGGAGCUGGCGGGGUUAGGGUUUACUUAUCUCAUCCCCUGGUACUACUACCAUCAAAAACUACAUGUUUCCACAGCUUCACCAUGAAGGCGACCUUCUCAAAUGCCAUCGUUGUUCUUCUUGCCAUCUUCAUGUGGACUGCUUUUGCAAUUGACUUCUCUCUUCCUAUGUCCUCCAAGGAAACAGACCUCAAAGAGACAAAGGUCCUGUGCAUCAAGAACCUAAAGAAGUGCUGGCUUCUCUCCUACUUUAAGCCAAGUGAACCUAUAUGCGGCAGUGACCGGGUUACCUACAGUGGUGAGUGCCAUCUCUGCUACAAAAUUCUAUAUGAAGGGUUUAAUAUAACUAAACUGCACGAUGGGCUAUGUUGUGGAGAAACCUUCAGGGUAACCCAUUCACAACCUGUUGAGUUUGACAGCUGCCACUCAGCGGAGCCUGGAGACAACGCUCCCCACACUCUCCCAGGCAGGCGGCCACAUCACUGCCACGCAACCGUGCAAGGACCCCAAAGUGGGCUGCCCGGCCUAACGCCUGAAGGACCCGAAAGAGCCGUGCAAGCUAACUAA